CCCAGCCCAGCCGGCCACAUCUGGCGGCUGCCCUCCCUUGUUUCCGCUACAUGCAGACUUCCUUCGGCGCUGCCUGGAGGCUGGGCAUCUGGGGCUUUAAAGAUACAAAGGGACUCCAGGAUCAGCGAGCACAGGCGGCGGCGGCGCGGUCUGGAGCGCGGUGUUCCGACCAUGAGCCGCUGAGCCGGGCAAAGCCGAGGCCACCGAGUCGUGCGGUCCCUUGGAGCGCACCGCUGCGCGGCGGAGCAAGCGCCAGCCAGGCGGCGACGCGGCCACACGCACCGAGCCAGCGACCCCCGGGGCGACGCGCCGGGCCCGGGAGCGCAAUGACCGAGGCGCUAGUGGCCUGGGGCGCUCUCGCCGGCCCCCUGCGGGUGCUCUGCGUCCUGGGCUGCCUGUUGGGCCGCGCCGCCGCCCCGCCAUCGCCCAUCAUCAAAUUCCCUGGUGAUGUCGCCCCCAAAUCGGACAAAGAGGUGGCUUUGAAAUACCUGAACACCUACUACGGCUGCCCCAAGGAUAAGUGCAACCUGUUUGUGCUGAAGGACACGCUGAAGAAGAUGCAGAAGUUCUUCGGGCUCCCCCAGACAGGCGUCCUCGACAAGCGCACCAUCAUGACCAUGCGGAAGCCGCGCUGCGGCAACCCCGACGUGGCCAACUACAACUUCUUCCCCCGCAAGCCCAAGUGGGACAAGAACCAGAUCACAUACAGGAUCAUUGGUUACACGCCUGACCUCGACUCCGAGACAGUGGACGAUGCCUUCGCCCGUGCCUUCCAAGUGUGGAGUAACGUGACCCCCCUCCAGUUUUCUCGUAUCUAUGAUGGAGAGGCCGACAUCAUGAUCAACUUCGGCCGCUGGGAGCAUGGAGAUGGGUACCCCUUUGAUGGCAAGGACGGGCUCCUGGCCCAUGCCUUCGCCCCGGGGCCUGGUGUUGGAGGGGACUCCCACUUUGACGAUGAUGAGCUGUGGACCCUGGGAGAAGGACAAGUGGUCCGUGUGAAGUUCGGGAACGCCGACGGGGAGUUCUGUAAGUUCCCCUUCAUGUUCAACGGCAAGGAGUACACCAGCUGCACGGACACAGGCCGCAGCGACGGCUUCCUCUGGUGCUCCACGACCUACGACUUCGACAAGGAUGGCAAAUACGGCUUCUGCCCCCACGAGGCCCUGUUCACCCUGGGCGGCAACGCCAACGGACAGCCCUGCAAGUUCCCGUUCCGCUUCCAGGGCAAGUCGUACAACAGCUGCACCACCGAGGGCCGCAGCGAUGACUACCGCUGGUGCGGCACCACGGAGGACUACGACCGCGACAAGAAGUAUGGCUUCUGCCCCGAGACCGCCAUGUCCACUGUUGGUGGGAACUCGAAAGGUGCCCCCUGCGUCUUCCCCUUCAAAUUCCUGGGCAAGAAGUAUGAGCAGUGCACCACUGCGGGCCGCGGCGAUGGCAAGUUAUGGUGUUCCACCACUUCCAACUUCGACGAGGACCGCGAGUGGGGCUUCUGCCCCGACCAAGGGUACAGCCUGUUCUUGGUGGCAGCCCAUGAAUUUGGCCACGCAAUGGGGCUGGAGCACUCGCAGGACCCUGGGGCCCUGAUGGCGCCGAUUUACACCUACACCAAGAACUUCCGCCUGUCCCAGGAUGACAUCAAGGGCAUCCAAGACCUGUAUGGGCCGUCCCCUGACGGAGACAUCGACACUGGCACCGGCCCCACCCCCACGCUGGGACCCGUCACUCCCGAGAUCUGCGUACAAGACGUAAUCUUUGAUGGCAUCUCUCAGAUCCGUGGGGAGAUCUUCUUCUUCAAGGACCGGUUCAUUUGGCGCACAGUGACACCCGGUACCAAGCCCAUGGGGCCGCUGCUGGUAGCCACAUUCUGGCCUGAGCUUCCAGAAAAGAUCGAUGCUGUGUAUGAGGCCCCGCAGGAGGAGAAGGCUGUGUUCUUUGCAGGAAACGAGUACUGGGUUUAUUCGGCCAGCACCCUGGAGCCAGGCUACCCCAAGCCACUGACCAGCCUGGGGCUGCCUCCCGAUGUCGAACGAGUGGAUGCCGCCUUUAACUGGAGCAAGAACAAGAAGACGUAUAUCUUUGCGGGCAACAAGUUCUGGAGAUACAAUGAAGUGAAGAAGAAAAUGGACCCCGGCUUCCCCAAGCUCAUCGAGGAUGCCUGGAACGCUGUCCCCGAUAACCUGGAUGCCGUGGUGGACCUGCAGGGUGAUGGUCACAGCUACUUCUUCAAGGGCAUGUAUUACAUGAAGCUGGAGAACCAAAGUCUGAAGAACGUGAAGUUCGGAAGCAUCAAAUCCGACUGGCUGGGUUGCUGAGUUGGCCGCAGCUCCCGCAGGCCCUGCGUCUCCGUCCGUUUCUGCACGUCGGGCCUGGAGCACCAGGGAAGGACCCAGGAGGGCCUGGCAACCUUCAGCUCUGUGGUUAAUCAGCAUUCUCCCCGCCACCUGGUGAUCUAAGAUUCCAGAGAGUGGCUGUGCCCUGUGCCCAAGGAAAGGUGCUGACCGUACCCCUCCCAGGUGCCCCUUGCUCCUCCGGAUCCCACCAGCCCUCCAGAGCCACCCCAAAGAGAUGCUUUGAUGUCCUCAAUGCGGCCCUGCCGCGGGCUGCCCUGGUGCUGCCACACUUCAGGCUCUUGUCCCUCCACAACCUUCUUCCAGCACCCUCAGAGCCAACAAAGACUGUCUCAGGGGGGCACUGGUGGCCCAACAGCUUGGCCUGGCCUGGGGCAGUAGGAGAGAGGCUUGGCCAGGAGGCCACCCGGACACCUGGCUUCUCACACUGCUGGCUGCCUUAGGACCUUCCCUCCGUCAGCAGGUUGCUUUGUGCGCACUUCGUUCUUUCGAUCAUCUUUUUUAUUUUUCCACUUCCAAAUUGCGUUUCCUGACAGAAGGACUCAGGCCGUCUGAAGUCACCGCACGAAGCAUCUCAGCCCACCUCUCCACGGCUCCCCGGUUCACUCCACUUAGUACAAGCCUGACCCGUCACUUCCUCCACUGGAUGGAGGAAAACCAGCCCGUGGCUUCUCGCUCAGCCCUCCCCUCCCUCCCCUUCAACCAUUCCCCAUGGGAAAUGUCAACAGGUAUGAAUAAAGACACCAACUGAGUGGCAGUGCUUGCC